UGCCAAGCGACAGACACCAUUUUCUGCAGUUUCAGAUGUAACAAACGAAACUCCACAAACAGACAUUUUCAAAAAGGAAUACGAAGUAUACAGACAGGUUUUUGAACUCUGUGCAAAUUCAACGAUGUCAUCAAAAGAUAUCAAGCCAGACAGUUAUAUUUCACAACUUUUAGAAACCGAUACCAUACAUGAAACUGAAGAAACCAUGUCAACAAAAGACCUUAGGAUCGUUAUAAAUCAGCUAGGCUUUAAUACAACGGAAGCUGAAAUCGGCAUGUUGUUGAAGAAUUCUGGUAUCAGCGGAAAGUGUACUUUAGUUGAUGUAAUAAAAAUGCUGAAACGUGAAGAUUUUGCUGACUCGGAUUUAAGUGAGGACAGACAGGAGCUAUGGGAGACAUUUAACUAUUUCGACAAAGAUAACGACGGCUUCAUUACGAUUUCUGACCUACAAGACGCCAUGGAAUGUUUAAGUUUAGAUGUCAAAUCAAGUGAUGUGUACCAAAUGGUGAUUGGUGCCGAUUUAAAUGGAGACCACAGAGUAAAUUUGAAGGUAAGCUUCAGUCUGGAAGAAUUUGAGGCCAUGCUAAAAGACGAUGACCAUGACAUUUAA